AAACGAAUCAGCUUUACGGACGGAGAACAGUCCACAGAAAAUCUUUGAACGGCAGUAUUGGUUAUUUCGCUGUGAAUUUACAGGAACAGAAAAUGAUCGAGGUGGUUUGCAACGAUCGCCUGGGCAAGAAAGUCCGGGUCAAGUGCAACUCUGAGGACACUAUUGGAGACCUGAAGAAGCUCAUUGCUGCUCAGACAGGAACACGCUUUGACAAGAUUGUCCUAAAGAAAUGGUAUACCAUAUUCAAGGACCACGUUUCUCUGGGUGACUAUGAAAUCCACGAUGGGAUGAACUUGGAGCUUUACUACCAGUAGACCAGAGGAGGACCGCGGGUCGAUGCCGCACCGACGGCCCUCUUCAUUGACACACAGAAAUGGGAGUGGUCGCCGGAAACCACCGUGAUCAUCGAAGAGAGCGAGAGCAGUAUCCACAUAGACAUGACAUUGAUCUCAGUUUUAUCGUAUGAUUUUAGCCCGAAAAUUGUGGAAAAUAAAUAUUGUUUUGCAGUUUUUGUUUUGAUAUUUUGGAAUUAAAGAGGAUAUUUACCUAC